CCUAGUGUUCCAUAAACUACAGAAAGAAGCAGAAUUUCAAAGGAAAGAAUGGUUCAGGAAACAAGGUCCACAUUUUAUUGAACAUCUUGGAUGGGAAGUUACCCCUGAAUGUAAUGUGUUACUGAAAUGCAAGGUUGCUAACAUUAAAAAAGAAACACACGUUAUUUGGUACAAAGAUGAAAGAGAGAUAAUGGUUGAUGAAAAGCAUGACUUUAAGGACGGUGUAUGUACUCUGCUGAUAACAGAGUUUUCUAAGAAGGAUGCUGGUAUAUAUGAAGUAAUACUGAAAGAUGAAAGAGGAAAGGACAACAGUAAAUUGAAGCUUAUGGAAGCAGCUUUUACAGAUUUGAUAACGGAACUAUGCAGGAAGAUUGCUUUAUCUGCAACCGAUCUGAAAAUCCAGAGCACAGCAGAGGGCAUCAGAUUAUAUUCCUUUGUUAACUACUACUUGGAAGAUCUGAGAGUGAGUUGGUCACACAAUGAAGUCAAAAUUAAGUACACAGAAAGAGUCAAGACUGGAGUUACAGGGAACCAAAUCUGGUUGCAAAUUAAUGAACCAACACCAAAUGAUAAGGGAAAAUAUAUAUUGGAGCUCUUUGAUGGUAAAACUACACACACAAAAAUGGUGGAUCUUUCUGGAAAAGCAUUUGAUGACGCCUUUGCUGAUUUCCAGAGAUUAAAAACAGCUGCUGUUGCAGACAAAAAUCGUGCUCGGGUACUUGGAGGUCUGCCAGAUGUUGUCACUAUUCAGGAAGGCAAGGCACUUAAUCUUACUUGCAGUAUCUGGGGAAAUCCUGUCCCUGAGAUUUCAUGGCUCAAGAAUGAAAAGCUCCUGAAAGCAGAUGACAAUGUCAUCCUGAAAUAUGAAUCAGGAAAACAAGCCUGCUUCACCAUCGCGGCUGUCAGUACGAUUGAUUCGGGCAGAUAUAGCCUUGUAGUCAAAAACCAAUAUGGUACAGAGACAAGUGAUUUCACCAUCAGUGUGUUCAUACCUGAGGAAGGGGUUGAAAUCCCCCAGCUAGACUAUAGUAAAGGAGAUAAGAAAAAGAAAGCAUGAAGCAAAAAACAAGGACCCAUGUUUCUCCCUCCCUUGAUAAUAUGUGUGUAAACUAUUUUGCCUGCGCAAGGUUGCAUCUGGAUUCUUCCAUUCAUUUCUUUUGAGAUAUUAAAACUUGACUAUAUUAGACAAAAGGGGUUGUACAUCUCUCCCACCACCACCACCACCACCCUUUCUGACCAUUCAAAAGCUUCUUAAUUUGUUUUCCCUCUUACCAGCCCUUAAUCAUAAAUGAGGCAAAAUCAUCAGAGAGUGCAUGUGACUACUAAUUGGCUAUUCUCCUAUGUCUAGGUGUUCAUGAAUAAAAAGUAUGCUAUAUAUAAAUACACAUGGAAAUAAAAGAAUAACUGGUUUGCUGUAGUGAUAUUCUACUAAUCAGGAAUAUAGAUUUCAUUGUACUGGUAAUCCACUAUCUCUGAAUUUACUGUAGCAUGGUAGUAGAAAAUGAACAUUAAUUAUAUUAAUACUAUGGUCAGCAGAAACUUCAACUCUGGACCCUCGUUAUUCACAAAUAAAUAAACAAAACAUAUUUCUUUCACCA